CCGGGGAAAGCUUCUCCUCCCAGCGCCGAGCACUCGGUCCUGGCAGACACCCCAAGAUUGUUGUGAGGAGUCUAGCCAGUUGGUGAACGCUGUAAUCUGAACCAGCUGUGUCCAGACUGAGGCCCCAUUUGCAUUGUUUAACAUACUUAGAAAAUGAAGUGUUCAUUUUUAACAUUCCUCCUCCAAUUGGUUUAAUGCUGAAUUACUGAAGAGAGCUAAGCAAAACCAGGUGCUCUCUCUGUAGACGCUCCAGUGUCUCGGAGGACCCAGGCUCUCCCCUCGUCUUCCCCGCGACUCGCCGGUCCCCUCUGGAAUAAAAACCUCGGCAAGGCCGGAGGGCCCAGCGGAGACCGAAGUUCAAGAACUCCUCUGAGUGUCUGCGCCGUGAGCUCUGCUUCUCUUUCCCUUUGCUUUUCAUCCUCACACUUCGUGGAUAUGCCAGGAUUCGAAAGGAUACUCACCAUUACCAUUCUGGCUCUCUGUCUUCCAAGUCCUGGGAAUGCACAGCAACAAUGCACUAAUGGUUUUGACCUGGAUCGCACAUCAGGACAGUGCUACGAUGUAGAUGAAUGCCGGACCAUCCCUGAGGCCUGCCGAGGAGACAUGAUGUGUGUUAACCAAAAUGGCGGAUAUUUAUGUAUCCCCCGAACAAACCCAGUGUAUCGAGGGCCCUACUCAAACUCCUUUUCGACCCCUUACUCAGGUCCAUACCCAGCAGCUGCCCCACCUCUUUCAGCUCCAAACUACCCCACGAUUUCAAGGCCUCUCAUAUGCCGCUUUGGAUACCAGAUGGAUGAAAGCAACCAGUGUGUGGAUGUGGAUGAGUGUGCAACAGAUUCCCACCAGUGCAACCCGACCCAGAUCUGCAUCAACACUGAAGGAGGGUAUACCUGCUCCUGCACCGAUGGAUAUUGGCUCCUGGAAGGACAGUGCUUAGAUAUAGACGAAUGUCGCUAUGGUUACUGCCAGCAGCUGUGUGCCAAUGUUCCUGGAUCCUAUUCCUGUACGUGCAACCCAGGUUUUACCCUCAACGAGGAUGGAAGGUCUUGCCAAGAUGUGAACGAGUGUGCAACUGAGAACCCCUGCGUGCAAACCUGCGUCAACACCUACGGCUCUUUCAUCUGCCGCUGUGACCCUGGCUAUGAACUUGAGGAUGAUGGUGUUCACUGCAGUGAUAUGGAUGAGUGCAGCUUCUCCGAGUUCCUCUGCCAGCAUGAGUGUGUGAACCAGCCUGGCACAUACUUCUGCUCCUGCCCCUCUGGCUACAUCCUGCUGGACGACAACCGGAGUUGCCAGGACAUCAACGAAUGUGAGCACAGAAACCACACGUGCACCCUGCUUCAGACUUGCUACAAUUUGCAAGGGGGCUUCAAGUGCAUCGACCCCAUCCGCUGUGAAGAGCCCUAUCUGCGCAUCAGUGACAACCACUGUAUGUGUCCCACUGAGAAUCCUGGCUGCAGAGACCAGCCCUUCACCAUCUUGUACCGGGACAUGGAUGUGGUAUCAGGACGCUCUGUUCCUGCUGACAUCUUCCAAAUGCAAGCGACGACCCGCUACCCUGGGGCCUAUUACAUUUUCCAGAUCAAGUCUGGGAACGAGGGCAGAGAAUUCUAUAUGCGGCAAACGGGCCCCAUCAGUGCCACCCUGGUGAUGACCCGCCCCAUCAAAGGGCCCCGGGACAUCCAGCUGGACUUGGAAAUGAUCACUGUCAACACCGUCAUCAACUUCAGAGGCAGCUCGGUGAUCCGACUUCGGGUAUAUGUGUCGCAGUAUCCCUUCUGAUCCCUGAGUGGGAGCCUGUGGCACUGCCUCUCACCAGCACCAAAGGUCAGGAGAAGAGAAGACACAAGCGAGGGAAUGAGAGCGAGACAGACAUUACGCCUUUCCUGCUGACCAUUUCCCUGAGGGGUCAGCCCCCACGGCCUGAGUCCCACCUGUAUUAUUGGAGACUAUCACUCUGAAGGACAUGCUGCCCCCAGUUCCUAUGACGCAGUUACCCAAAAGCAUUAUCAUUGGCCCCUGAUGUGAGAUCGUUGGUGAUUAUUGAAGGCCUCUAGUUUAUUUUCAUAUUUUUUUUCAAAGAAAAUAGAUUGUUUGCUGGGGUCUGAGUCUAUGUUCAAAGACUGUGAACAGCUUCCACUCACCUCUUCCACUCCUGUCUAUCUCUAGCUGCAUUGCUGCUUUGCCACAGCCCAGGGAGCUCAUGGGGAACGCUGGGUAUAGCUAGUUUGCUUCUUGCGUGUAUGGAGAAAGCUAUGGAAACAAACCACAGCAGAAUCUAAGGGUUUUUAAAGAGUCUAUUUCAAAACCAUGUCUGGUAUUUUCAGCCAUAAAAGAAGUUUUAGUUGUCCAUAAAUUUGUAUAACUGUUUAAUCCUUUCUUGUUUAUUUGAGCUUUUUUUUUUUUUAAAUAAGUGGUAGAAUGCCUUCAAAAGACCUUCAGACCCAUUAUGUUCUGUCUUCCCACACCCAGUCUCCUCUCCGUUUUAGUCCAGUGUUUUCUUUGAGGACCCCUUAAUCAUGCUUUCUUCAGCAUUUUUACCCAACUGGGUUGGAAGGCAGAAGUUUCCAAAACUGAUUAAAUAUUUGAA